AUGCAUGUUCUCCAACCGUUGGAGGAGUUAUUUUACAAAGAACGUACUUCAAUUUGUUCCUUGUGUAUAAGCACGUACUAAUUUCAUCAAUUACACUCCGACACUCCGACGAAACUAACUACUCGCCUUCGUUUACUAACUACUCUGCUCGAGACACCUAAUAGUUCAACAAACUCUAAUGAGGAAAUUUCGGUAAGCUCAGAAAAAUGUUGAAACUCUGCGCAAAUAUAGUUUACGCGAUGGUAAUAAUUUUUCUUCUGUGCAGGAAAACAUCCCUUCAAAGAAAUCCUGACUAUUUCUACUAUUCUAGAUAUUUAUGAUACAAUGCAAGAUACAGAGAAAAGGUUCAGUAUCGUUUUUUCAUCGUCUGGUGGUAAAGUUUUAAAAACAAAUUUUCAAAAACUUAAUCAAAACAAAAUAUUUAUACUGUGACAGCUUUACAUUCGCAAGUCUUUACGCUAAGAUAUUACGUCAGUUAUUUCUCAGUCCUCGCAAAUCAUUAAGAUAUUUUUCGAGGACUCUUUCAUUCCUUAGAGCUAUUUUCCAACAGGGAAGAGAAUUCUUUUGUUAUUAGCACCACGUAGACUUCAAAAUCUUUUGAAAUUUUCAAUCAUCUUUCUUGUAAAUCAUAACGAAAUCGCAGAUGAACACAGAGAUAAAAAUGACUGUAACGCGUAUUGUCCGUUUCCGUGAAAAUACCGGAAAUAGAGGCGAGGUACUGCCACAGUUUCCUGCUCUCCUGGUGGAUGGGUGUGCCAUUAAUCAUUGCCGUGCUUUCCAUUUCUUUGGGAUUAACGUUGAAAAGGAACGUAACCACCAACACCGAAGCGAAAUGCUUUACUGAAAGAUCAACGGAUUCGAUGAUUGAUCGACCAUUCGAACGAAUCAAAUCGUAAUCGAUGAUAGAUUUCUUCCUUUACCUCCUGUCCUCUCCGAUUCUUUCCUUCCUCUCUUCGAUCCGACAAUUCGAGAUUCUUAACGCGGAGAGUGAACACCGUUUAUCAAUAUUCGAACUGGCCAACACUGGUAAACCACAUAUUUCGAAUAAAGCAAAGACGAUCGAGUGAAACUGAAUGAUCGCGGUUACAGCGAGGGUUGCCCAUAUAUCGUACUCGCCAUUAUCUGUCCAUCAUUAUCACUAGUCUCAUUUAUUAUCGGGAAAAAGGUGUAGAAAUCACGAUUAACAGGUAUCGACGCUUGCAACGAAUUGGAAAAAUGGUGGCAAUUACGUGCAACGAUUCCGAAGAAUUGAAAUUGAAAGGUGAAUUAUAAAGCUUUUUUGGUAUUGAUAGAUCUCAAACUCUGAUAGAACUCUGACGAGUUAAUAUUAUUUUUCAUUUUUAUA